AUGCCGCUCCACUACCGCCGGAUCCUCUUCUCGGACGACUGCGAUCCUUGGUACGGCUGCCCCCCGCCUCCCGCCCCUCCCUUCUUCACCCCUUCCCCUUCUCCAUCGCCUUCCUCUCCGCCGCCGAUCACAUCGCCUCCUCCUCCUUCGCCUUCUUUUUAUUUCUAUUUCCCUUCUUCCCCGGACCUCGCUCCGUCCCCUUCCCCCGUCCAUGACGGCGGCGGUGGUUGGAGAGACCAGGGAGGAGGAACUUACGGGUACGGCGCCGUCGAUGACCACCGCCGCCGCUUCAUCACCUACGUCCUCUGCGCCGCCGCGGCGCUCGCGUUCCUCUCCCUCAUCCUCCUCGGAUUCUCGAUCGCCGUCCGUCGCCGGCAGCUGCGGCGCCGGCGGCAGGCGCUCCUCGCCCAGCCGCCGGCCGCCGCGACCAACGUCGGGAACGACGACCCGGAGGGCGGGGGCGGGGGCGGGGUGGUGCACCACGUCUGGUACAUCCGGACCGUCGGGCUCGACAAGGCGGCGAUCGACUCGAUCGCGGUGACGCCGUACCGCGCGGGGUCUGGGCUCCUCGGCGCCGCCGACUGCUCCGUGUGCCUCGGCGAGUUCAGCGACGGCGAGCUCGUGCGCCUGCUGCCCAAGUGCGGCCACGCGUUCCACGUCCCCUGCAUCGACACCUGGCUCCGCGCCCACGUCAACUGCCCGCUCUGCCGCUCCGACGUGAUCGACCCCGCCGCCGCGGCCGCCGGAGUCGGCAUCGAGUCCAACCCACCAGCUGAUCCAGAUGCGAACGCCAACGCGGCAGCCGAGCAAGCGGCUGCCGCGAGCGAUUCAACGCUGGAGCCUGAAGACGAGGAGGACGAGGACCAAGAAGCGCCGCGCGUGGAAGAAGAUCAGCACGAGCAGCAGCAACCCAGUUCGCCAGAGCCAGAGCCAUUGCCGCAGCUCCCGGGCCCACUGCCGCGGAAUGUGCGGCGCGCGGCGUCCAUGAACGCGGCGAUGGUCUCAACCGCGGCAGACGUCGCCGCGCUGGACCGGCAGCCUGACGCGGCCCCCGAAGGGGAGGAGCAGAGUGGCCAAGAGAAGCAUCAAAGCGGUGCGACCGGCCAUCCGAGCACCGAGAGGCCCGCGUCCGGCGGUCUCCCGAGGUCCUUCUUCUCGCGGCACUGCCGUGCCCGGAGCUCCGUGCUGCCGCUGUGA